AUGGCUUCAACAACUGAACAGAAGGAUCAAGACCUGGGCGCUCCGCAGUUUGCCUACCAUGCCGUCGUCGAACCAAUUUUUAUCGUCGGUGUCAUGUUGGCAUCCUGCUACUUCAACCGCCUGCGCAACUUCUCCAUCAUCCCUUCGUCCAAGCAAGACCAGGGCCUGCUAGGCCAGUCGAAACUCGAACCAUGGGACGAAGACGACGUCCAUGACGAGACGGAGCGUCUCAACCUCGCUGCCGCCGCCGCAUCACCGACAUCCUCGCUGACAGAAGUCCACCCUCCUAAGCAACGCAGCUGCUGUGGCGCCCCCAUCCGCACGCCCAACUCGUCUCGCUACGCAAAGUACUGGCACUCGCGCUUCAUACAAAAGUUCCCCUUCCUUGUCGAGAUGUUCUACUGGGCGGUCAACCUGGGCUUCUACGUCGGUGUCAAGAAUGCCAGCGAGCUUAUUGCUGCAACGGACGGUAUAUGGCAGACGGCUGAGAACCAUGGAAAGGCGGUGUUGUGGUUUGAGCACGAGGGGCCUUUCAGCUUCCUGUUUCCUCUGCGCGAGAUCGAUGUUCAGGCGUUCUUCAGGAAUGAUCACCAAACGAUGCUCACCAUUCUCAACCGCGCGUACUCCCUUAUCCAUAUCCCCGUUACUGUCAGCUUCCUUGCAUGGUACUACUACGCCGCCCCGACACAUGCCCAAUUUGCGGAAGCCCGUCGCAUGAUGACCCUCACCAACCUGUUUAGCUUCGUCGUCUUCACCACAUACCCAUGCAUGCCACCUCGUCUGCUACCCGAAGAGUAUGGUUUCUUCGACACCGUCCGUCGCGAGGACGCCGAGUCCAUUUACGCUACAAACAAGUUCUUCAACCAGCUUGCGGCUUUCCCCUCGCUCCACUUUGGCUACUCGUUCUGUAUCGGCACCGUUCUUCUGUACCACUCUGGUCUGUUCCGCCGUCGUCUUGCGCCCCGCGAGAAGCGUCUCAGCAAGAUGUGGCAGGUGUUCUUCGUGGCCUUGAGUAUCUUGUACCCUGCUUUUGUCCUUACGAUUAUUGUUGCUACAGCCAACCACUACUGGCUUGAUGCUAUGGCUGCUACGGGUGUUGUCUUGGUCGCUUGGUUGUGCAACCGCAUGCUUCUUGGACUUCUGCCUUUGGAGGACCUCUUCCUGUGGUGCGUCAAGUUGGAGAAGCCCUUCCCAACCACCGGCAACAGAGGAGGCAAGUAA